GUCAAGCUGAAAGGGUCAUCACAACUCCAAAUUUAAAAGAAAAAGCCAUUCCAAUGUCCUACAAAAUAACCUAUUCUGAUACUACAAAGAUGUCUGAUGAUAUUGACUGGUUACACAGCCGCAGGGGCGUGUGCAAGGUUGAUCUCUACAGCCCAACAGGACAAAAAGAGCAGGACCGGAAAGUGAUAUGCUUUGUCGAUGUGUCUACCCUGAGCGUGGAAGAUAGAAAUUCUAAGGAUGCUGCUGGUUGUAGUUCAGAAGGUGACUUAAACCUGGAGAAUCUAGAAGAAAAAGAAAUUAUUGUGAUCAAGGAUACUGAGAAGCAAGACCAGUCUAAGACGGAGGGGUCAGUGUGCCUUUUCAAACAAGCUCCUUCUGAUCCUUUAAGUGUCCUCAAUUGGCUUCUGAAUGAUCUUCAAAAGUACGCCCUAGGUUUCCAACAUGCACUGAGUCCCUCAGCCUCCAGUUGUAAACAUAAAGUAGGAGAGACAGAGGGAAACUGUCAAAAAUUGCCUUCUGGGAACUGCUACAGCGUCUAUGCCGAUCACCUGAACAUAGAUUAUGUAAACAAUGAACCUCAGAGUCAUCGUCUGGAAAUGACAGCAGCCAAAAACACCAACAAUAACCAGAGUCCUUCCAGUCCUCCAGGCAAAUCUCCUAGUAAUCAGAAGGCAGUUAUCUCCCCUGAUGGAGAAUGUUCUAUGGAUGAUCUCUCCUUCUAUGUCAAUCGAUUGUCUUCUCUGGUAAUCCAGAUGGCCCGUAAGGAAAUCAAGGAGAAGUUAGAAGGUGGUAGCAAAUGUCUUCAUCAUUCGAUCUAUCCACCCAGUGGGGACAAAGGGAAAAACAGCCCUCGCAGUGCUGUGAGCAAGAUCGCUUCUGAAAUGGCCCAUGAUGCAGUAGAAGUGACCUCUGCAGAAAUGCGGGGCACUGGGGAGGAGUGUAGGGAUGGUGGUCGAAAAACCUUUCUGUAUAGUGAAUUAUCCAACAAGAACAAAGGCGGAGACAAGCAGAUGUGCCAAAGAGACAGCAAAGAAUUUGCAGAAUCCAUCAGCAAAGGACUCAUGGUUUAUGCCAAUCAAGUGGCAUCUGAUAUGAUGGUUUCUGUUAUGAAGACCUUGAAAGUUCAUAGCUCUGGGAAACCAAUUCCAGCUUGUGUGGUCCUGAAGAGGGUGCUAUUGAAACAUACCAAAGAAAUUGUGUCAGAUUUGAUUGACUCCUGUAUGAAGAACCUACAUAACAUCACUGGGGUCCUGAUGACCGACUCAGACUUUGUCUCAGCUGUCAAGAGGAAUCUGUUCAAUCAUGGGAAACAAAAUGCUGCUGAUAUCAUGGAGGCUAUGCUGAAACGUUUGGUCAACGCUCUUCUUGGUGAAAAAAAGGAAACUAAGUCUCAGUGUUUGUCAUAUACAUCCUUGAAAGCCGGGUCCCAUGAUGCCAAAUGCAAGAACCAAAGUCUUGAAUUUUCAGUUGUGAAGGCUGAGAUGAAGGGAAAGGACAAGGGCAAAGUGAAACAAGAGGAAUCCAAGUCUUUAACCAGUGCCGAGAAAGUCAGUGAACAUAUCCUCAAGGAGAGCCUGACUGUGUGGAACCAAAAGCAGGGUAAUCAAGGCAAGAUGCCUAGCAAAACCUGUCCCCAUAAGGAGGAAAAGAAAGAGAAGAUCAGCCCUUCCACAGAUUCACUGGCAAAGGACUUGAUUGUCUCUGCCCUUAUGCUGAUCCAAUACCAUCUGACCCAGCAGUCCAAGGGCAAAGAGGCAUGUGAAGAUGACUGUCCACCUGGUACCAUGAGCUAUAUGACCCAGAGUGCCCAAUAUGAAAAGUGCGGAGGUAGCCAAAGUGCUAAGGCACUUUCAAUGAAACAUCUAGAAACUCGUGGAGCACCUGGACCAUCCACCUCUCUGAAGGACAAUCAACAUCUGGAUUCCCAGAAGCUGGAUAUGUCAAACAUGGUUCUAUCACUUAUUCAAAAACUGCUUAAUGAGAGCCCCUUCAACUGUGAAGAUCUAUGUGAAGGUGAGAACAAACAUUCUGACAUCAGAACAAACAAAUCAACCUCCAUCUUCAAGAAGGCUGACAGAGAGGAUGAAGGCCAGGACAAUCGAGAAUUUGACUUUAUCAGUGGGAUGAAGCAAGUGAACCGACAAUUUAUAGAUCAGCUGGUAGAAUCUGUGAUGAAGCUGUGCCUUAUCAUGGCUAAGUAUAGCAACAACGGGGCAGCCCUCACUGAUUUGGAAGAGCAAGCAUCCUCAUCCAACAACUCUAAUGUUUACCAGGCCAGUGGCCCCAGAGGUAGUCAUGAAGCUGGGAUGGGUCAGAGCUACCAAGACUCUCGUGGGCCCGAGGUGAUCGUCAAUAAUCAGUGCUCAACAAGCAACUUGCAAAAGCAGCUCCAAGCUGUCCUGCAGUGGAUUGCAGCCUCACAGUUUAAUGUACCCAUGCUCUACUUCAUGGGAGACGAUGAUGGACAACUGGAGAAGCUUCCUGAAGUUUCCGCUAAGGCAGCAGAGAAGGGGUACAGUGUAGGAGAUCUUCUUCAAGAGGUCAUGAAGUUUGCCAAGGAACGACAACUGGAUGAAGCCGUGGGAAACAUGGCUAGAAAACAACUGCUAGACUGGCUGCUCACUAACCUGUGA